CGUCACAAACGCUCGUACGCGUUGAACGAAUGACAUUUUGUACUUAACCAAUAAGAAAGAAGCAGAAUUAUUAUUCAGCCAAUUUUUAGUAGAAAGUAUUUUAAUUAAAAAUUUAGGUUUACAGAAUAUAAUUAAAAGAACAAUGGCGCCACAACAAAAGGGUAAACAAGGCACAAAAGGAGCAAAGCAGAUUGUGGAGGAAAAUAAGGCCACACUGAAGUUCUACAGAAACAUGGCUCUUGGUAGUACCGCAGCCAUGGUGUUGUUAAACUUGGUAUUUUUUGGACUCAGUAAAGUAACAGUGCUUAUGGGCAUCAUAGCCGUACUAAUCUUAGCGGGUGCCGUUCAAUUCAUGGUUUUCAUGUCAAGACCAAAAUACUCUGAAAAUGGUAGCAUUCUUGAUUCUGGAAAUGACUUGAAUAUGGAGGGCGGUAUAGCUGAAAAUGUAAAAGAUCUGAUAAUAUUAACAUCUGGAACAAUUCUCUUGUCCUUAUUAUCUAAUUACUUUUGGUACCUUUUACUCUUGGCGCCGCUGCGUGGUCUUUGGAUGUUGUGGGGCAGCGUUAUACAGCCCUGGCUAUCGCAGCGUAAUGCCGCUGACCAAGAACCCGAAUUAGAUGAGAAAAAACAACGUAAACUUGAACGUAAAAUGCGUCGUAUGAGAUGAAGACGCUAAAGUCGACUAAAAUGGACAUUUAUUUACACAAUGCCCAUAGAGGCUCUCAAAGUCAAAA